GGCCGUGGAGCACGCCAGCCAUGCAAUCCGUCCCCAAAUUUCCAGCUGAUUCUGCCCACAGAUCUGAAGAGGGGGAAAAACCAACAGCCCCACCGGAUCAUUUUUGAUUCUCAUUCAAAUCCACGCUGCCCCUUCCAAAAUCGCGUUAAUACCAUCAGGAAGUUUCGAUAAUUUUGAUCAUUUCGCUGCCGAGCCACCUAAAAAAUUGAUCUUUCUGUAGUCUCGCAUUAGCAUCUGAUCCAUCUUCUGAGCUAUAAAUCCAGGUUUUCUUCUCCUUUGAUCCGCCCUUUCCCCCCAAAUCCACGAUUCGUCCUCCAAACAUUGAUCUUUCCGCCUCCGAAGCCCAUAUUUUUCUUGGGUUUUGCCGUGAGCGGGGGCGCGAAAUCGCUCAAGCUGGCGACCCCGGCGCGCGCAUGGACCUGCUCGAGAGCUCUGUCCCCCACGCCGGCGAGGUCCAGGCGAGCCCGGCCCCUCGCCGUGGCGGCCUCGACGACCGGGAGGAGCUGGUGCGCAUCAUCGCGCACUCGCUGUACUCGCUCGGGUAUCGGAGGGCGGCGGCCGUGCUCGAGGCGGAGUCCGGCGUGCCGCUGUACCCGCCGGAGCACGACCGCCUGCUGCUCGACGUGAUGUCCGGCCGGUGGGACGCGUGCGUGGAGACGAUCCGCUCGGUCGCCGGCGUCGGCGACGCGGACCGCGCGGUCGCGGAGUUCUUGGUGUGGAGGGGCCACUACCUGGAGCUGCUGGGGACCGGCGACGCCGGUGUUCGGCUGGUGAGAGAGGUGCUCCGGCGCCGUAUUGCGCCGCUCGACGUUGACAGGAGGUGUGUGCACCGGCUGGCACGCGCCAUGGUCUCACGCGAGGGUGCGGUUGCGCCGGAGGCCGUGGUUGAGUGGAGGAUUGCUCUGUUCUUGGAUUUGAUUGAGGUGUUUCCACCAUGGUUCCAUUUGCCAAGUGGGCGGUUGGAACAUUUGGUGGAGAGUGCAGUGACUAAGCAGGUCGCAUCGUGUAUAUAUCACAAUUUGCCGGAUGAGAUCACUCUCUUUGAGGAUCAUAAGUGCCAUGAAGAGCAGAUCCCUUCCGAGUGUGCUCAGAUAUUAUGUGGCCAUAAUAAUGAAGUUUGGUUUGUAAGGUUCUCAAACAAUGGAAACUACCUGGCAUCAUCUUCAAGUGAUUGUACCGCCAUCAUUUGGAAGGUGGAAAAAGAUGAUACACUGAUCAAGAAACACUGCCUCGAGGGUCACCUAAAUCCAAUUUCCUAUGUCGCCUGGAGCCCAAACGACAGAAUGCUGCUCACUUGUGGUACUGGAGAUUAUUUGAAACUGUGGAACGUUGAUACUGGUGAAUGCAAUCUUAAAUUCAGAGGUUCAGUGGACUACAUCACUUCAUGUGCAUGGUUUCCUAAUUCGGAGAAAAUAGUAUGUACCAGCUCCGAGCCUGGAAGUUCUCCAAAUAGGAUCUUCACUUGUGACCUAGAAGGUCAAGAACUGGAAGUGUGGGCUGGAGAUAGAAUACCCAAAGUCAGUGAUAUUGCUGUGACACCUGAUGGCCAACAUCUAAUCUGUUUGUGUUGUAACGAAAUCUGGAUUCGAGAACUUCCAAAGGGGCCAGAAUGGAGAAUUCAUGAGGAGCAGACAAUUUCAUCUCUUUCUAUCUCUAGUGAUGGGCAGUCACUCAUUGUCAACCUUAGCAGCAAGGAAAUUCAUUUGUGGGAAAUCAAUGGAAGUUGUACUGUGCCAGAAAAAUUCAAGGGGCACAAGCAAGAAAAGUUUGUGAUUAGGUCUUGCUUUGGGGGAUCAAACUCCCUUUUCAUUGCUAGUGGCAGUGAGGAUUCACAGGUCUACAUUUGGAAAAGACAUCUCGAGACACCAAUAAAGGUCUUACACGGCCACUCGAUGAUUGUGAACUGUGUAAGCUGGAAUCCUGCCAGGCCCCAAAUGUUGGCUUCUGCCAGUGAUGAUCGGACAGUUCGAAUAUGGCUAGGGUGCAAAACUCGAAGUACACAUAGUUGAAGUACAAAUGUUUGUACCUUUCUGAAGGCUGUACGUGAGGGUGAAAGUCAAUGCCAAAAGUUCAAGGGGAGUUUCCCAAAAGAACAGGGAGAAAAGUGAAAGUCAAGCUGCAGGUUUCCAAGGCAGCCCUGCAUUUACAGGGGCAAAUAUGUACAAUAGCAAAGAAAACAGGGCAUUCGUUUUUUUUAUCACCGGUGAUCUUCGAUAGUAUUCUAUUUACCAGCUAGCUCAUAUGUAUAAACUCAAAACGAUACAUAUAUCAUCUUUAACAGUAAUUGUCAUUUUUUUAAGGAUAGCAACUAAGUAAUUAUCCUAAGAAAGCAAGAUCCUUUCUGUACCCUUGGCAGAUCAAAGGACCACGUGAUUCAAGUAUGCAACUGCCAACACGACAACGUCAGUGCUGGUGCUGCACUGCUAAAGCGGGCAUUUCUGUUGGCAGUUUGGCAUGUGUAUGCUGAAUGUUGACAGUACCUGCUAUCCAGUUUCAGCAACGGUGCUCUUGGAAUUAGAGAAUCAUGCGAUGAUUUGAUCAGAAAUAAAAAAAAGAGGAAUAAUUCAGGAUUUCUAACUAUGUCUUGAUGGCAUGUGGGGUCAGGAGCCACAUGUCAGUCAGAAAGAGUAACAGAUCUUGAAUUGCCACUCUACUUGAUGGCAUAUCUGAAAUCUCGCAAAAUAGAAGUGAUGUGAUUAUAUUAUUAGAAAUCAAGUGAUAUUCAUAUAAUCGUCGAGUAGUUACUCUGAACAAUUGUUUGAUCAAAUGGGUGUCCGUUUGGAGGGAUGUCUAACGGACACCCUUCCAACAUGUAUAAAUAUGUAACAAUCAUCAAUGAAAUAGAUAGUUUGAAUC